AUACUGAAGCCAUGGUGGGACGUCUUCAUGGAUUACCUCGGUUUCUUCAUGUUCAUGUUCACCAUCUUUGCUGGAUCGAUACAGUUACUCAAAGAUCAGGUGGCAUGUUUUCCCGUUCUAGAGGACAGUUAUAACGCAUCAAACACAAACUCAUCCACGACACCUAACUCAACACACAGAGUCAGCACUGAGCCUCAACCCAAAGGACACAAAGCAAACUUGGAUUAUCAGCAAUACACUUUUGUCAAUCAGAUGUGCUACCAUAUUGCCAUGCCCUGGUACUCAAAGUACUUUCUUUACCUUGUCCUGAUUAACACUGUCAUGUUGAUGCUAAGCAGCAAUUUUUGGUUCAAAUAUCCAAAGACCAGCUCAAAGAUCGAACACUUUGUGUCCAUCCUUGGCAAGUGCUUUGAAUCACCCUGGACCACAAAGGCAUUGUCGGAAACUGUAUGCGAAGACUCCGAAGAAAACAAGCAGAAACUCUUUGCUGGCCAGUCUGGUCCUGAGCAGCUGUCCUCAGAUAACCAAGAUGAGCGUGCCAACUCACCUCAACCUGUGUUAGGAAACAACAGCAUGAAGUUCUCCGCUGAGAUCACUCCUGAAGGUCCAAGUAUGACCAUUUUGGAUAAAAAAGAUAGCGAGCAAGCCAAGGCUCUUUUUGAGAAGGUUCGGACUUUCCGAGCUCACGUUGAGGACAGUGACUUCAUCUACAAUGUCUAUGUCACACAGAUGGUGAUCAAAGUGCUCAAGCUAAUCGUUAUCCUGGGUUACAUAUUAGCCUAUGCUGUAGACAUCAAUUUUAUUCAUAUAUGUGUACCCGAGGUGGAGUUCUUAGUUGGGUAUGAUCAAUUCCUCUGCAUACACAAUAUGUCCUCCGUACUGACAAAGCUCCUUUAUAUAUUCAUGACUAUAAUUGUACUUUAUUGCCUCCUGUGCCUGUAUGCACUUUUCUGGCUUUUUCAAGAUCCACUCAAAGAAUAUUCAUUUGAAAAGGUCAGAGAGGAAAGCAGCUUCAGCGAUAUCCCUGAUGUCAAAAAUGACUUUGCAUUCCUCCUCCACAUUGUUGACCAGUAUGACCAGUUACACUCCAAGCGAUUUGGCAUUUUCCUGUCAGAGGUCAGUGAAAACAAGCUACGGGAAAUUAGCCUUAAUCACGAAUGGACGCUAGAGAAACUGCGUCAGCAUGUAACCAGCAACGCCCAAGCCAAGCAGGAGCUGCACUUGUUAAUGCUUUCGGGACUGCCCAAUGCUGUAUUUGACCUCACCGAGCUUGAAGUUCUUAAGCUAGAACUCAUCCCUGAAGUCCGGAUUUCAGCUAAGGUUUCCCAGAUGACCAAUUUACAAGAACUUCAUCUCUAUAACUGUCUUGCUAAGGUGGAGCAAACAGGUUUCACUUUCCUCCGAGAUCACCUUAGGUGCCUUCACAUGAAAUUUACUGAUGUCACAGAAAUCCCUCCAUGGAUUUAUCUUUUGAGCUGUCUCAGGGAACUGUACCUGAGUGGUAGCUUAAACUCAGAACACAACAAAAUGAUUGGUCUGGAAUCCCUGAAAGACUUAAGGCACCUAAAAACAUUAUAUCUCAAAAGUAACCUCGACAAACUACCCACCCACCUCACAGAUCUCUCUUCACACCUCGUCAAGCUGGUUAUACAUAAUGAUGGGACUAAAUUGCUGGUACUGAAGACUCUUAAGAAGAUGACAAGCUUGUGUGAGUUGGAGCUCCAUCACUGUGACCUGGAGAAGAUCCCCCCUGCUGUUUUCAGCUUGACAAACCUGCAAGACUUGGAUUUGAAAUCCAACAGUCUCCAGACCAUUGAAGAGGUCAUCACCUUUCAGCACCUUAAGAGACUGACGUGCCUUAAGUUGUGUCACAACAAAAUCAUCGCUAUUCCACCAAACAUAAAUCGGGUGAGGAACCUCGAGUCCCUCUACCUCUCCUACAACAAACUGGAGACUCUUCCAUGUACUCUGUUUUACCUCCCAAAGCUCAGGUACCUGGAUCUCAGCUACAACUCCAUUUCGGUGAUUCCAUUUGAAGUGGGAUCUCUCCAGAACCUACAGAACUUUGAUAUCACAGGGAAUAAAGUGGAGGUUCUUCCCAAACAGCUGUUCAGAUGUAUCAAAUUGAAAGUCCUCUGUGUGGGGAACAACAGGAUCACCAUCCUUCCUGAAUCCAUCGGACAGUUAACACAACUUGUUCAACUUGACGUUAAAGGGAACUGCUUGGAUCACCUUCCCUACCAACUUGGUCAAUGCCAACAACUUAAUAAGAGCUUAUUCACUGUAGAGGAUCACCUUUUUGACACACUUCCACUUGAGGUAAAAGAGCAAAUGAUGGAGGUGCCAAUGUUUCCAGUUUAACUGGAGGAUUGAUGU